GAGCAAUUUCGCCACAAUGUUCACCAUUCUUGCAGUUUUUUUUGCGGAAAAUGAAGAAAAAAGGAGGCGAGCUGUCACAUUUUUUGCGUGAGUGUGUGGAAGAAAAAAAAAGUGAAGAAAAUUUUUUAGAAAUUUUCUCCAAUUUUGUGGCAUUUCCCACCUCAUUCAGCCCAAAUUGAUGCUGUGGGUAGUGUUAGGAGUCCAGAAGGCUUGUGCUGCGUGUGUGUAAAUUGCAAUUGCCAUAGAGAUUUGUGUGUAAUUUUGUGGUGUGGAGUGAGUUGGUGAAAUUCCUGCAAUUUAGUUUUCAGACGCAAUUCCCCAUCGCGAUGGCCGUGAAGCACCUCGAGAAGCAGGUCCAUCAGGAGAAGAAGGUGUACGACAUCACGACAAUCAUUCAGAUUCUAGAGGCAUUCAAUGCUCAGGUUCAGGCAGGAGCACCCAUGCCCAAUGGCAAUGGCAUUGUUGUCUUUUGUGAACACAUUGUCCGGGAGUUGGGCCAAGUUCAGACACCUCGUGAUUCUCUGCUGAUUAAGACAUUCAAAGAGGAUGUGGCCAAGGUGUUUCAGUACUUGACGGAGAUCUGCGAGAGCAACAAUGACAUUCAGGAGGAUAUUGUUACGGCAUGCCUCAAAGUCCUCUAUUCCCUCAUUAUUAGUCCUGUGGAACCAUAUGAGGCUGUUUCAGUGGUGCUGCAGUUCUUUGAUAACUCUCAGAUUCCCAGGGCAGUCAAUUGGCUGCUCAAUAACUACGAGCACUCCUCCGAUGUGGCACUGACGCGGGGCUUCAAGGUGCUCUGCAAAUGGCUAUAUAUCAUUGACCUCUCCACCAAUCUCAAUAUCUGGAUCAUUGAGAUCCUCAAUGGGCUCCGCGAGAAGCAAAAAUAUGAUUUGCUGAUUGAUCUGUCCCUGGAGGUGAUUGAACCACUCUUUCAGCGCCUGGUGUUACCCGUGUAUCUGCCAAAGGUGGCUCCUGUCGUACAGAGGAUCCUAACAUCCAUCAGACAUACGCCCGUUGUCUUUCACAAGAUCAUCCGAAAUGUACCGCGACUGCUGGCAAUACUCAAAAAUGACAAAUACAUUCUGCGGAAUCAGAGAAUCAUUCAGGAUCUUGUGGAUACUUUUGCUGCGCUCAUCCUCACUUUUCCCGGUUAUGAUGAUCUCUACAGGGAUACGGAAACUGCUCUUGCCGCUUUCUCAACCUCUCCCAAUUUCCGUAUGGUUCUCGAUGUUCCUGCCUGGCAUGCUGAAAUCACCCGGAGUGGCAUUAAUGCUCGAGUGGGUCUGGUAAAUCUGGGCAAUACCUGCUACAUGAAUAGUGUACUCCAGGCUCUGGUGAUGACUAAGCAAUUCAGUCGGGAGAUUCUCAUGUCAGACAGCAAGACGCCUCUUUUGCUGAAGAUUCAGCAACUUUUGGCUCUAAUGCUGCAUUCAACACGUCCUGAAUUGACUCCUCGGGCUGUUCUGCAUGCCACACGGCCACCGGGUUUUCUGCCUGGCUAUCAGCAGGAUAGUUCGGAGUUUUUGGGGCAUCUGCUGGAGACGCUGCAUGAGCAGGAGCGUCAGAGUAGUGUGAAGGCGCUGAAGGGGGAAGGAGAUGAGGAUGUUGCGAUGAGUGAAGCAGCUGCUGCUGCUGUUGCAGUUUGUCCACAGAAAUCUAACAAUCACACUUCGCUGAUACAGAAGACAUUUGGGGGAAAGUUGGGGAUAACGUAUGAGUGUAUGAAUUGUGGGGAGAAGAGCACAAAUAGUGAUACAUUUCGGGAUAUUUCACUGUCAUUUCCGGAUGAGAAGACCGAAUUGACGCAGAAUUAUUCGGUGCAGGAUUUGUUGGAUUACUAUUGUUCGUCAGAGAAGUUGGACGGUGCCAAUCAGUACUUCUGUGAGAAGUGUAAGAGACUGUGUGAUGGUGUUAGGUCCAUUGAUAUCACCAAGGCACCGCACAAUCUCAUACUGACACUCAAGCAUUUUAAGUAUGAUCAGAAGUAUCAUGUAAGGGCGAAAUUGAUGCAUAAAGUUUUUCAUGAUGAAAGUGUGGCACUCAAGGUGUUCACCGAUGAUGGUUACCAACAGCCGGCAGUGGUUAAAUAUAUUCUGUAUGCUGCUGUUGUGCAUUCAGGUGUCAGCAUGGAUUCUGGUCAUUACUAUACCUAUGCAGCUGAUCAGAGUUGUUGGUACAAGUUCAAUGAUAGUUUCGUGAAUAAGUGCUCUGUGGAGGAUUUGCAUAAUUUGGCACCACCAAAUACACCCUAUAUCCUGUUCUAUCGCAUGGAAAAUCCACCGGAUGGACUGACGGAUGUGUCGGAUGGUGGAGCUUCGAAUGUCGUGACGGGAGAUGCUUUGCCGGGACUUGAGGAACUUCCUACGCAUCUAAAGGAAUUUAUCAUCAAAGACAAUGUUUCCUACUAUGAUGAGGUAAAAUUGGAGGCACAAAAGAGGAAAUCCAACAUGAAUGUGUCCAUUGUGUUCUCACCGAAAAAUCAGCGAGAUUCUGAUGAUGAACCACCACCCAAUAAUUGUGGCGGAAAUGCCAUCAACAGCUACAAUCGUUUCAUCAUUUAAACAAAAACAACAAAAAAACACAUAAUUUCCUUUAACCCUCCAUCGCCAUCCUGAGAGGAGACCUUUCUUUUUUUUUUGAUAAAAUUUCAAAUCUCCAGGUGGAACCAUUCAAGUGGAAUUCAAGUGCAGAAGUGAUGAGUGAAAGAGUGAUAGUGCUUGUAGGGAAAAAAGGACAAUUUUGAUAAGAAAAACAAACAAACAAAAAAAAACUUCAAUAUGAGUGUCUCUAUCGCGGACCAUGUUCUGUGCACGCUGAGUGUUAUUCCCUGAUGAUGCUAAAAAAAAAAAACAAAAUAAUGAUGGAUUUUAUGUGAAUAUUCUUGCAAUUCAGCAUAGAGAACUUUUUCAGUUGAAACAAAAAAGAAAAGAACAAUGAAGGAAAAAAAACUUCUCUCAUUAAAUUAUUAAAUUUUAAUAAUAUAUUAGAAUUUCAGUGUAUUAUUUGUAAUAUUAUAAAACACAGAAUAAAGUUCAAGAGUUGCAAUAAAA